CAAUACUAGACUUCUCCACGACUUGCAUGUUCCUUUGUUUUCUUUGGUGCAGAAGUAGUACGUAGUAGUUCCAUUCCCUCUCGAUUUCUGACCUCUCUUUCGACGUUUUUUUUUCGCAAAGUUCAAGUUCUUGAUUCAAAUAUCUUCGAGAGUCACAUCUAUCGUCCUUCAGAAAGCUCUCAUUGUCAUUGGUAGGCAGAAUUUUUUUUAGUUCAUCUGGUCAACGGCAACGACGACAAACGUAAAACCCUCAUCUACAUUUGCGACUCUUCGUCAACACCAAACAAACAAACAAACAAACAAACAAAAUGGGUUACUACGGACUCGGACCUGGUAUGCGCGUGGCUGACCAGCUCACUGUGCUGGAAAAGGCUCUUCGUGGUGUGCCGGUUGACUUAGCGACAGCCGCUACCUUGGACGUACUGGAGACGCUGUUGAAGAACAUCGCUCAAAACCCGAAGGAGGGAAAGUUCAGACGCAUAAAGUUGGCGAACAAGAAGAUCUCAGCAGCAAUUACGUCUGUUACGCCAGCGUUGGAAGCGCUGCUGGCUGUGGGAUUCGAGGUUGAGGAAGCAGAGGGAGAACUUUAUGGCUCCUUUGGAAGAUUUUUCUUUCACUUCUUCAAGAAUGACUCACUAGAACGAGGAAAAGUCAUAGGUCCUCACGUGGUGAAAACGAUUAGCACCAGUCCAUCCCCAUUUUUUCUGUAGCCUCCUCACCCCUCAGAUGGAUAAUGAUUCCAUUCAUUAACGAACUCCACCACAAGCACAACAACCUCAUUCCCACUCUCAUACUCUCUUCCUGGUCCUCCCUGCUGACGUAAAAGUCGAUUUUCCAACGCACGUGUCCAAGAUCAUUGACGCUCGUGAUUAUUUUCGCAAAGAAAACGAGAAAGCGCGUGUUGCCAAGGGUCUCGGUCGCGUAGCGCCACCAGGAGAGAAGGGAGCUGAAGAUGCCCGUCCAGCCGAGGACAUCGCAGUGCAAGCAGCAGCGAAUCUCAAAUGGCUCAAAACAGUAGAUGCGUCAGCUUAUAAGCAAGCAAUGGUGGCGAGUAAUUAAAGAGAGGAUUAUGUUUAUGGUCCUCAUCUGACUGAGAUUAUUAUACAAAUACAACUGAGAUUCUGAGUAUUAGGAAACGCUAACGCUUGCUAUUUGAGUGGUUGUGCUGAUUUUUUAAGUUGAUUUUCCGGUCAACAUUGAACAAAGUCCUUCUUAUCUUUCUUGCAGUAUAAGUUUGAAGUUUCUGAUUUUUUGGUGCAUGUUCAACGUCUCGUUGAUGUUGUGGCUGCCUCGUCCUGCGGGUUGUGUCCACCAAAUGUGCAUGAAUUUUCGAAAUGCAGAACUAAAAGGGUUUUACUGAUGCAACAACAAUGAACGAUUGUGAUUGAUAUUCGUCGAGGUACGAAUGAGAAGCCAACAUAUUAAUGGGCUAAAGAAACAAGACUUAUGAUAGUUGUGUGCAGCAGUUUCUAUAUGGCUAAUUGGGAAAAUUGAACAACAAGAUAUCACCAUGAAUCUUGGCUUACGCGAAGGCAUCUUCUGACGACAAUGAAGUAGAAGUACAAUUUGACUUCUGACAACGGGAUAAGGAUAGAGUUUGGUUUAUGAGUUCAGCGCAUGAUUGAUCCCUUAUUCCAACUUCAUCGAUUCUUGUUCACAACAUUGCAGUCGCACUCCUCGUUAUCGUUCGCAGAUGACUACAACCAACGCGAGUACUAACAGACUCGAUGGUAGAAAAACCGCAAUAUUAUAUUCGAUGCUAUUCGAACUUGAUUGGGAGUAUGAUCUUCAAUUUGUCGAGAUGCUUGUACUUCUUUUGGGGAAAAUAAUAUGGUCGGAAUACCUCUACAUCACAGGGCAGAGGCUGUCAUUUGUUUUAUCCAGAGUUUCUAGGAGUGAUCAGGAUUGAUUCUGUAUAUUUUUCAAUGAUACAAGCAAGGACUAAAAGUAAGUACCAGCUGCGGUGACUGAAG